UUUGCGAAGUAGAUUAUCCACCAUUUUGAACRAGUUUUGUGGAGAUCUAUCGGAAUUUCCUAUCUACAACUUCUACAUUUAGUCGUAAAGAUAGCAAAAGCUAAUUUUACAAGCAUUGCUAUUCAAUGAUAUCAGAAUAAUGGAAGUUUUAAUGAGUGAAUAAGUGAUCUUCGUUCUUCAACUCUGUCGAUAAGCAAGGUUCCUUUGGGCUUCAACUUGGCGCAAUACAUAGUCACUCUUCAAUAUGAAUAAUCAAAUUUGGUUUCAUGGAUAUCUAUCGAGACCCAAGACUGAAAGCAUUUUGAGUGGAAAGACACCGGGAACAUUUCUCGUCCGUGAAAGUUCUACGAUACCAGGAGACUAUGUCUUAUCAGUCAGUGAGAGUUCAAAAGUUAGUCACUACAUCAUCAAUUUCAAGGGAACCUUUUAUCAGAUAGGAGAACAAACAUUCACAACACUACCUGAAAUUAUUGAAUUUUAUAAAAGGCACUUUCUGGAUACCACUACCCUGAAGGAGCCAGUGCCAAAGCCAGAUGAAAAUAGUGAAAAAGUUAGAGCCAUGUAUAACUUCCCAGGAAAUGAUCCUGAAGAUUUACCUUUUAAGAAAGGAGACAUAUUAACUGUUGUCAAGAAAGAGGAGGAGCACUGGUGGAAAGCAAGAGAUAGUGCAGGAAAUGAGGGCAUGAUACCUAAACCUUAUGUCCAAUUGAUAUCUCCCAAUGUAGGAACAAGCUCGCCAAAUACACAGGGCAACAGAACAAAGUCAAGAGCCAGUAUUGAUUGUUCUGUACCACCGCCACCAGUUGCUAUGCCACAAAAUAUCCCAAAUGAUGGUUUUGAGUAUGCAGUUGCUAUUAUGGAUCGUGUGGUACCUUAUGACAAUACCCAGUUGCUUUUCAAAAAAGGAGAAUUAAUAAAAAUAAUCAAGAAACAUGAAGAUGGCUCAUGGUUUGGUGAAGUUAAAAACAAAACUGGAAAAUUCCCAUUCAACUAUGUCCAAAUUGUGGACAAUGAWAAGAAUGGAUUAUAGAUCAUUGCUGUAUUCUAAAUAAUCAAUCAGUUUGUUCAUGGAGCAAAACAGUCAUAUUCAUAUUAUAUAUUGGCAAAAAUAGAUGUUUUCUUUGAUUAAGUUUUAAAUUUCUAUAUUAACUGUAGUUAUUUUUCUAAGUAUGACAAAGUAAAAGAUAGAUGAUAUUAAUCUGAUGCAUAGCUCCAUGUGUUUUUUUCAUGAGAAUGACCAUUAGAAUGAUGCUGUAAUUCUAUUUUUACUUAUAUGUUACAGUGACUAACUGAUCAUAUAGCUAUUUCAAAAAAGGUUGUCGGAAAAAAUGGUGAAUGUCAAUGGUUGAACGGUGAAAGUCCCUGGGUUUUGCCUGUUCAAAGGCAAUAAAAACUUAUUUGUAUUGUAARAUGGCCGGUUGUGACAUUGGAUCCAUUUAGUCUCCAUUAYUAAGUAAGGUGAAUCCAAUAAUUUUGUUUAUCAAAACAGUGUAACCAAAAUCCCUUUCGGUCGUGCAAUCUCCCUUCGACAAUCACCAUUCGCCGUUCCCCCUGACAACGUUUUUUGAAAUAGCUGUAUAUGUAAUAGGUAUAUGUAUUUCUAAAGUACAGAUUUAUACUUUAUACUACAGCAAUUAAUCUCACUGGGUCUUUGUAGAUUUAUCAGUGCCUUUUAACAUUGUUGAUAACUUGUUUAAAUGGAUAGAUAUAAAUGGAUAGAUAUAAACAAUUAGUGAAGUUCUACAAUAAAAGUAUCUACAUGUAAGCAAGAGGAGGGUGGUUGGGCUCAACACACUCAAAAAACUGAGCUUUGUCUGAUUUCAUUCACAGAGUAUCCCUCCCCCUAACCCUGAGGGAUUUGCUCUGUUUCAAGAUUUUAAGGCAACCAAUGGAAAAAAAUUGUUGCAUGAUAAAGUGAAGACACUCAGAAUGUACAGCUCAGUGACCACAAGCAAACCAUUGAACUGAAGAAUCAAAUUAAACUGAGCAGAUCUUUACUUUAAUUGUUUUAAUCUCAGCUGCACCUUGAUGCCUCAGGUUAAUGUAUUGCUUCAUGGUCACUUGAAUGAGAUCUAGAAUGCAUAUUUGUUAUUCUCUGGUUUCCCUUUCAAAAAUUAAUUUAAAGGAAUUACUAAAAUAGAAACGUAGACAUUGAUAAAGCAUGCAGAUUCUUUUAGACUUAACUUAAWGUGGAUCAAUGUAGUUUUUCAGCUUUCUUUUGAAGUGAUGACAUUUUCAGCCUGAUGAGCCAUGGCAACGAUCCAUGGUAACACCAUUUAGCUGAAAAUAGGAUCAUUUAAAACUCAUUCAUUUUAUUUCUAUAACUGGCCCAAAAAUGUAGUGAAUAGGUAUAGGUGAAUGCUAUAAAUAAGUGGAAUGAAAAUGAGAGGCAUUUUAGUUAUAUAAAACUUGCAGCGAUCCACCUUAAUCACUUYUAUAAUAAAUAGCUUCUCGUUUCUCUUUGAUUCAUUUGUGUGUAAAGCAUAAAAAUAUUCUGAAUGUUUUUAAUGAUAAUUGAGAAAGGUAGAAUAAAUCAUUUUCUUAUUU